AUGGCCGCCAGCACUUCAACGGACGUACUGCUCUCGUCGGACCUGGCGCUGCCACGUCCAAAGCGCAGACGUCUCGAGCGUGAAUCCACCACAGCUGCGACACUAUGCGCUCGUCAUCCUCUGUGUCCAAACGGCGCGUCCGUAAACGCGCAAACGGCGACCGAAGACAGGCGUUUCGACUCGAGUUCCUCAGACAGGAGCGAACGGCACCACAAGAGCACUCCAUACGUCAACUGUAGCGACGCCAUCAGUUCCGCCAGCGAACAAGAUGCACACUGUCGACCGACGCGACGUCGUCAAUCGUUUGGCUGUGAACACGAGGGAUGCAGCAAGCGCUACGCCAAGCGCGAGCACCUGACGCGUCACGUUGAGACGGUGCACGUGCGCGGCGCGACGCAAGCGCUGGAAGUGCGUAAGCCCUUCAAGUGCGAUCUUUGCCAGGCGCGAUUCACGUACAAUCACGGACUGACGCGCCACGUGAAGCGGUCGCAUUGGAACGUGAAUAGGCCGUUCGAGUGCGCCGAGUGUCGGAAGGGGUUUAAGAAGAAGAGCGAGCUCCAAGCCCACUCGUACGUGCACACGGGCGUGCUGCCUUUUGAGUGCAAAGAGUGUGGCGAGCGGUUUAUGAAACGGUUUCAGAUGACACGGCAUCAGCGGAAGCACAGCGUCAACAAGAGCGCAGACACAGAAGUGUACGUGUGCGACUGUGGAGAAUUGUGCUUUGACGAGCAAGAGCUAAAGGACCACAGGCAAGCAGAACACGGACAGGAGACUGGCGCUGAAGCUCAUGGGGAAGCUAUGGAGCAAGAAGCGUGUAGGCAUGUGUGUCUCGUGUGUGACCAGACGUUUAGUCGGAAGCAGUCUUUGCGUGCACACCUGCGCACGCACUUCGAGUCGCUGGACGACCGUAAGCUGUACACAUGUCCGGUGGACGGAUGCGAAAAGGCAUACACGCGCCCUUCGAACCUGAUGACACACUACAAUGCGGUACACGACGAGCACAAGUCGAAGCGCUUUGCGUGUCCGCGCGAGGGCUGUACAGCCCGGUUUGGCUACAAGACGGUUCUAGCGCACCAUAUCGAGAGCAUCCACGACAAUCCCAAACCACCGAAACGAAGCGAGCGCCAGUCUGCGGGCAUCCUCGAACGAGCACUAGGGGUGAACCAAGUGGGGGACCAAGUACUGCAAGCUGCUGCAGGAAGAGCCGAAGAGGAGACGCUCGUAACGGACUUGUAG